AUGAAGGCUCUCGCGAUUCUGCUACUCGCCACGCUGGUUGCCUGUGAGCCUGCGCUCUACAUGAUCCGUCAUGGCGAGAAGCCCGACGAUGGUAGUGUCGGAUUGAGCCGAAAAGGUAGGAAGCGCGCUCAAUGCCUGCGGAGGGUCUUUGGAUUCAAGUCCCUGUGCAACAUCGGAUACGUCAUCGCUCAAGAUUACAAGAAGAGCGGCAAGAGAAAGAGACCCUAUGACACUGUCGCCCCGGUGGCCAGCGAUCUUGGUCUCGAAGUAGACACCUCUUGCGACCGCGAUGAUAGCGAAUGCGUCAAGAAGUUAAUUCAGAACUACAAGGGGGAUAAAAACAUUCUUCUCUGCUGGCAGCAUGGUCAGAUGAACAACAUUCUCGAGGCGCUUGGUGCCGAGGAUGUCGAAAACUACCCCGAAGAUCGCUACGAUUUGAUUUGGACGGUGCCUUCACCUUAUGACGAGAUUACUGCUGAGACCUCUGAGAACUGCCGUGGUCUUGAUAGAUAG